CGGCGGAGACGCGCAGCGGAACAUUUUAAACCCAGCGUACGAGAGCAGGUUCCUGCUGCCAAAAGGAAAAGAAGUCGUUUUCAGUUGUUUUCACGUGUUUCGGCUUCCUGGCGGCUCCUGUAAAAGAAAGAUUUCAAAACUGUCUACAAGAAAGAGUCAGAGGAGGAAGAGGCUACUAAUAGUAUUUAAGACAAAACAGGAUUAUGGAUCUCACCUGUCUUGUGUUUUGCCAAAUGUUGGUCUCAAGAGGACAAUAUUUUCUAUUGUUGUCUGGGAAUUCCUUAUUAAUUCCACAUUGAACGGUUAUUAUUUUCGUCUCAACAAGAUGAACAAUUCACAAACAUGUAACCACACCACCUGCCUUGUGGGCCGCGAUGGCAAACCGGCCACAAGUAUCAUCAUGUUUUUGGCUGGUGUUGUCGGAAACCUCCUGGCUCUCUUUAUCCUUGGAGUGCACCAGAAGGAGCAUCGCUCCAGGUCCUCUGUGUUCUGCAUCCUGGUGACCGGCCUGGCCCUCACAGACCUUCUGGGCACCUGCCUUCUAAGCCCACCUGUAUUCAUCUGUUAUGCCCGCAACAUGUCCCUUACAAAUCUGUACGGUGAAAGACUGUGCAACCUCUUCGGCUUUGCCAUGAGUUUCUUCGGCCUUGCACCCACGCUCAUCCUGUGCGCCAUGGCCGUGGAACGCUGCCUGGCCAUCAGCCACCCUUAUUUUUACUCUGUACACAUCCGCCGCAACUUUGCUAAAUUCACUCUUCUCUUUAUCUACCUCUUUUCUGUGGCCUUCUGCCUGCUCCCCUUCGGUGGUUAUGGCAAAUUCAGACAGUACUGCCCUGGGACGUGGUGCUUCAUUGACAUGGAUGCGACUGGGGACGGGCAGGCUAAUUUGGUUUUGGCUUUCUCUCUGUCCUACUCCUCCCUCAUGGCACUGCUGAUCUUUGCAGUGUUCGUGUGCAACGGUUCGGUGAUUAUCACCCUCUGCAAGAUGCACAAGAGCCAGCUACAGCGGCGUGGUUCGGUUGGGCCAGCGGGUAGAAAGAGGAGGCUGAGCCUGGCCUGGUUUGGACAGGGAGAAGAGGAGAUGGAUCACCUGGUGCUGCUGGCGGUCAUCACUGUCAUCUUUGUGGUCUGCUCACUGCCGCUCACUAUUGCAGGCUUUAUCAACGCCAUUCAACCAUUUUGUACCGACAACGAGAACCUGACAGCUUUUCGCUUCUAUGCCUUCAACCCCAUCGUGGAUCCCUGGGUCUUUAUCAUCUGCCGCAAGUCUGUGUUUCGCCACCUUUGCUCUCUGCUGAGCUUCCGUUUUAGCAAAGGAGCCGUAAAGACGACAGCACACUGUGCUUUGUCUUUACCCCUUGACAAUGUUAUACAGCGCAGCCCACCAGACACAGCAGUUCCACAAACCAACAUGUACUCCAAUUUACCUCGAUGACCCACAAAAACCCAUGGCGGUGCGAGGAGAGUGGAAGACUUUUCUAUAAGAAAAACCUUUAAGGAAAUUUAAGGAGAUAAAAUGAACAUUGAAUACAGCAAUGAAUACAGAAUUCCUGCACUUAAUAUUUGAAGGCACAAAGACUGUCACAAUUUAAAUCUGUGGCCAUUAACAUUUCUCCAUUCACUUUGGAAUAAGUGUCUGUACUAAUGUUAAGUUUCCAUUGACUCAUGGAAGUUAUUUCAACAUUGCAAGGAGAACUGUGCCACUUAAACAGCACUGUGACAUGGAACUAAGAACGACACACUGUAAAAUUAAAAUAUGUGCAGUUGGAUGAAGCUGUAUGGAUAUGCAUGAAUGUAUUUUUUUUCUCUCAGUCAGUCAGCCUUUUCUUUAAGGCACAGUAAGUCUGUUAAUACAUUAUCUGUGUCUACAGCAUGCAUGACAUAAGAUCUGCUUUAUUUCAGGUAUGUAUGCAGAUGUGUGCAACAGAUAUGCAAGAUUAUUAUUACUACUCACUGCCCUUAAUCCAGAAUAGUCUUAACAAAGCUGCAGCCAUGUAAUGUUCCAAUAUGGAAAAGAAUGUAUGUUUUGAAAGACUUGCGUGUCUCAUACUAUGAUUAUGAUGAAAAUGGCUGUGUGUGUCAGGAAACGUUCAUUUAACAACAAAAAAUGUGAUUUAAAUGUAAAUCACAAACUUUUUCAUGCAUGAGGAAAAAAAUGUAGAAAGAAUCGUAGUAUGAGAUAUACAAGUAUCAU